CACUGGCACCACCGCCGCGAGUUUCUGCUCCGCAACGCCGGGGACUUGGCCCCCACGGGCGGCGUGGCCUCGGAUGACACGGCCGCCGCCGAGAGCGGGACCCGCAGUCGGCAGCUUCAGCAGCUCAUCUCCUUCUCCCUGGCCUGGGCCAACCAUGUCUUCCUCGGGUGCCGGUACCCUCAAAAAGUUAUGGAUAAAAUACUUAGUAUGGCUGAAGGCAUCAAAGUGACAGAUGCUCCAAUCCAUACAACAAGAGACGAACUGGUUGCCAAGGUGAAGAAAAGAGGGAUAUCGAGUAGCAAUGAAGGGGUAGAAGAGCCACCCAGAAAACAAAGUGUCGAAGGAAAAAACAACUCUACGGUUGAGCAAGGGCAUGCAAGAACUUCUGUCAAAACAGAACAUGCAUCACCUAAGUGA